UCUCCGCUCCAAAACCCUAGCCACUACAACCCGGCGGCGUUGCGGCGGCGAUGGAAGACGUUUGCGAAGGCAAGGACUUCUCGUUCCCUUCUCAAGAAGAGAAGAUACUCUCAUGGUGGGAUGAAGUCGAUGCCUUCAAAACCCAGCUCGAGCUCACCAAGGAUUUGCCGGAGUACAUUUUCUACGACGGACCCCCGUUCGCCACUGGCCUCCCUCACUACGGGCACAUUCUGGCCGGAACUAUCAAGGAUAUCGUGACCCGGUAUCAAUCCAUGACGGGUCAUCACGUGACCCGGAGAUUCGGAUGGGAUUGCCACGGGUUGCCGGUGGAGCAUGAAAUCGAUCUGAAAUUGGGUAUUAAGAGCAGAGAGGACGUGAUUAAGAUGGGGAUUGCGAAUUAUAACGAGGAAUGCAGAGGGAUUGUGCAGAGGUAUGUCGACGAGUGGGAGAAGACGGUUGUUAGAAUGGGACGGUGGAUUGAUUUCAGGAACGAUUAUAAGACCAUGGAUUUGAAUUUCAUGGAGACCGUAUGGUGGGUGUUUGCGCAGUUGUAUAAAAAGGGCCUUGUCUACAGAGGUUUCAAGGUUAUGCCUUAUAGUACAGGCUGCAAAACACCAUUAUCUAAUUUCGAAGCCAAUUCCAACUAUAAGGACGUUCCUGACCCUGAGGUGAUUGUAGCUUUUCCUGUGGUUGACGACCCUGAUGGUGCAUGUUUUGUUGCAUGGACCACAACGCCUUGGACAUUACCCAGCAAUCUUGCGCUUUGCGUCAAUGCGAACAUUGUAUAUUUGAAGGUCCGUAACAAGUUUAAUGGGAAAGUUUAUGUGGUCGGUGAAACACGUUUGGCGGAGCUUCCCGUUGAGAAGGCUAAGAAAGAAGCCGAUGGAGCUGUUGGUAAUUCAAAAUCGAAGUCUUCUGGUGCUAAAGCUAAGAACGUUGAAACAUACGAGAUUUUGUCCAAGUGCACUGGAGCUUCACUUGUUGGAAUGAAGUAUGUCCCUUUGUUUGAUUACUUCAAAGAAUUCUCUGAUGUGGCAUUUAGAGUUGUUGCAGAUAACUAUGUGACUGAUGGUAGUGGUACCGGAAUUGUUCACUGUGCUCCUGCAUUUGGUGAAGAUGAUUACCGUGUCUGUAUGGAGAAUGGCAUCAUUAAGAAGGGGGAACCAUUGGUAGUAGCAGUGGAUGACGAUGGCUGUUUUACCGAGAGAAUCAUUGAAUUCAGCAAGCGCUAUGUCAAGGAUGCUGAUAAAGAUAUUAUCCAAGCAGUGAAAGAGAAAGGCAGGCUCGUCAAAUCUGGAAGUUUUACUCACAGCUAUCCUUUUUGUUGGAGAUCUGAUACUCCCCUCAUCUACAGGGCUGUACCCAGCUGGUUUGUGGCUGUAGAAAAGAUUAAAGAUAAAUUGCUGGAGAACAAUAAACAGACAUACUGGGUACCUGACUUUGUGAAGGAAAAACGGUUUCAUAAUUGGCUUGAGAAUGCGAGAGAUUGGGCUGUGAGUCGAAGUAGGUUUUGGGGUACUCCACUUCCGUUGUGGAUUAGUGAGGAUGGCGAGGAGAUUGUGGUCAUGGAUUCCAUUGAAAAACUGGAGAAACUUUCUGGUGCCACGGUGACUGACUUGCAUCGGCACAAAAUCGAUCACAUUACAAUCCCUUCAAGUCGUGGCCCUGAAUUUGGUGUUCUUCGACGAGUGGAAGAUGUGUUCGAUUGCUGGUUUGAGAGUGGAUCUAUGCCUUAUGCUUAUAUCCAUUAUCCAUUUGAAAAUGUCGAAUUAUUUGAGAACAAUUUUCCGGGACAUUUCGUGGCUGAGGGGCUGGAUCAAACUCGUGGAUGGUUUUAUACGCUCAUGGUUCUGUCAACUGCACUCUUUGACAAACCAGCUUUCAGAAAUCUUAUUUGCAAUGGGCUGGUAUUGGCUGAGGAUGGAAAGAAGAUGAGUAAGAGAUUGAAGAAUUAUCCACCACCCUCUGAAGUCAUAAAUGAUUACGGAGCUGAUGCACUACGGCUGUAUAUUAUCAACUCUCCAGUUGUUCGGGCUGAACCAUUACGUUUCAAAAAGGAGGGGGUGUACAGUGUCGUGAAAGAUGUUUUCUUGCCGUGGUAUAAUGCUUACAGGUUCCUUGUGCAAAAUGCGAAAAGGCUUGAAAUUGAGGGACUUCCACCAUUCACACCAAUUGAUCAAUCCAUUCUUCAGAAGUCCUCAAAUGUCCUCGACCAGUGGAUUAACUCCGCUACUCAAAGUCUUGUCCAUUUUGUCCGGCAAGAAAUGGAUGCUUAUAGACUGUAUACGGUGGUUCCUUAUCUCUUGAAGUUCUUAGACAACUUAACCAACAUCUACGUUCGGUUCAACAGAAAGAGAUUGAAAGGCCGAACUGGAGAAGAUGAUUGCAAAAUUGCUCUGUCCACUCUCUAUUACGUGCUUCUAACAGCAUGUAAAUCCAUGGCUCCAUUCACUCCGUUCUUCACCGAAGUCCUCUACCAGAACUUGAGGAAAGCUAGCAAAGCAUCAGAAGAAAGCAUUCACUAUUGCAGUUUUCCUACAGUGGAGGGAGAGGUGGGCCAACGAAUUGAAGAAAGUGUCAACAGAAUGAUGACAAUCAUCGAUCUUGCACGCAACAUUCGCGAGCGUCACAACAAACCUCUCAAAGCCCCGCUCAAAGAGAUGGUGAUUGUACACCCGGAUGCAGAUUUCUUGGAGGAUAUUGCUGGUAAGCUAAAGGAGUAUGUGCUGGAGGAGCUCAACAUCAAGUCUUUAGUCACGUGCAACGAUACUUUGAAGUACGCCACUCUCCGUGCCGAGCCCGAUUUCAGUGCUCUGGGUAAAAAGCUCGGAAAAUCAAUGGGAGCUGUUGCAAAGGAAGUGAAGGCUAUGUCAACCGAAGAAAUCUUGGCAUUUGAGAAAGUGGGUGAAAUUACCAUCGCAAUGCAUGCUUUGAAGGUUUCUGAUGUCAAGAUAACUCGAGAGUUCAAGCCGCCUGGUAAUGUUAAGGUAGAAGAUAUGGAUGCUAAAGGAGAUGGUGAUGUGUUAGUGGUGCUGGACUUGCGUGUGGAUGAGUCAUUGUACGAGGCUGGAGUGGCCCGUGAAAUUGUGAAUCGUAUUCAGAAGAUGCGAAAGAAAGCUGCACUCGAGCCCACUGAUUUGGUGGAGGUCUUUUUCAAAUCAUUGGAUGGGGAGGAAACAAAAACUCGAGAAAUGUUGGAAGCACAGGAAGUGUACAUCAGAGAAGCACUUGGAUCAUUAUUGCUUCCUUCUUAUUUUCUUCCACCCCAUGCAGUCGUUCUCGCCGAAGAGAGUUUCCAUGGGAUCGCAAAUCUUUCAUUCACUAUCACUCUGGCUAGACCUGCGCUAGUAUUCAAUUCAGAUGCCCUUGUUAAGUUAUAUGGAGGUAAUGCGAAAUCCGCACGUGGAUUACAGUCCUAUUUGUUGAUGAGGGACCACCAUAAUCUGAAGGCGGAAUUUCAACUUGGAGAGGGGACGAUUAAUGUCAGUUGCAUUGAAGAUGUAGCUCCAGUGAAUGUGGUGUCAGGUGAGCACGUGUUCUUGACCGCUGGUGAUUAUUUUACGAGCACAAGGGUUGCUCAGUGAUUUUUCUUUUGUUGAUUGGAUAGUAUACUUCGUUUAUUGUUUUGUCGGCUCAUAUUGAAAAUCUUAUAUUUUAUUGUUCUAUUCGGGUAUUUCUGUCUUGGUGAAAAGAUUUGUUGUUCGUCUUCACCAAGUUUUAUCAGAUACUAAAGGAAAGAUUACUGUUUAAAGACUAUCAGAAAAUGUCUGAUUCGAUAUGUUGUUCUUGUUCAUAUUGUCUUCAGCUAUCAGUUUUGUU